AUGGCUCUCAGACCGUGCAAGGUCAUCGUCGCGGGCGGCGGCGUUGCCGGACUCUCUCUGGCACUUAUGCUGGAGAAGCAUGGCAUUGACUAUCUACUUCUAGAAGCAUACCCGCAGGUCUUGGCUACUGUUGGCGCAGGUAUCGCUCUCGCUCCUAAUGGUCUCCGCAUCAUUGAACAGUUGGGGUGCUAUGAGGAUUUGCAGAAGUGUUCGGCGGGUGCUGACCAGGUUCACUUUCGGAAGCCUGAUGGAGAGACGCUCUGGGGGAUGGAUGAAGGAUUGGCUGAGACGUGUAUUGCGAAGUGUGUCCCUCUUGCUUGCUUGCUCCCUCAAUUGUCGAAUGAGUAUGCUUACCAGGGUGACAGGCAUGGGUAUACCUAUAUGUGGAUGGACAGGAAGUCUCUCCUGGAAGUUUUGUACAACAACAUUGCGGAUAAAUCGAAGGUUUUGCCUGGCAAGCGUGUGGCCAGUGUCACGCAUACCGACAAUGGUGUUGAUGUCGUCACAACUGAUGGAUACGCCGAAGACCUAGGGCUCAGCGAGGAUUAUGCGGAAGAAGACAAGGUCGCUGCAAGUUACAGCUGUGUCUUUGGAAUGUCCGAUCCCGUCCCAGGCUUUCCCAGUCGCUCACUCGAAUUUGUGACAAAUGAAGGCUUCUCAUAUGUGCUGGGUGCUGGUCCUGCUGGGCGCGUCUAUUGGUUCCUGAUGGAGAAGAUGAAGCAGACAUACUACGGUGCCGACAUCCCUCGAUUCAGUGAAGAAGACAAGCAGCGCACUCUUCAAGAGCAUUGGAAUGACCAGGUCACUCCAAAUGUUCGCCUAUCCGAUCUCUACAAGCGUCAGUUGAGCACGAUAUAUACACCAAUGCCAGAGUUCGUCUACAAGAAAUGGCACCUGGGAAGGAUCAUUACCAUUGGAGACGCUUGCCACAAGGUCCUCCCUACUACCGCGCAAGGGGGAAACCAGGCUUUAGAGAGCGCCGCGGCCGUGGUAAAUGGCUUGAUGGCUGCGUUGUCGCAGGCCUCGGGCUCAGGCCCGCUCUCUCAGUCGGAGAUUCAGUUAAUGUUUGAGCGAGUGCAGAACAUUCGCGAGCCGCGCACAUUUAGUAUCAUCGAAACAACUCACAAACGACAGAAAUUGGACACAAUGGAUACCCCGGAGCUAAAAGAGUUCCUGCUUACUAGGUACGCAGGGCUGAUGCCAGGGGAGUUGUGGAAACGAUAGGCUCAUACAUUUACCCCGGCCGUAUCUUUGGAUAUGCUCGAUCUGCCUGCUAGACCGAAGAGUGUUCCCUUUGACGAUGAGGCCUUGAGAAAUAAGGAUAGCAACAAAGCUCUGGAGGCGCACCUGUAGUUAGAUAAUAAGUGGAUAGCACUACUCCUUACUCA